UAUCCCACUGAGGAAAAUUUGCUGUUGUUGAGUCACCGGGAAAACCGUUACUCGACCCAGGGCGCUCUGAUCGGGAUCCGAACGGUUUAGUUCUUCAUUUCUUCACUCGGUCUUUCUGUCUUUGCACCAUCCAGGUACUCUCGUUCGGGAUUGAGAUGUUACACCUUCGGUCAACGGUAGCACUCAGGGAGUUACUUCAAACCCCGCUGAAGCGUCCGUUGACAGGUAGAGUCGGCGUGAAAGCGGCACCUGCAGCCUGCUUCAGCAGCGUUGGCUCGUAUUGGAGGUCGCCGGGCAGGAGGACGUUUGCCGGGUGGAGAGCCCCGUCGCACUUCGCCAGGAGGCACGGCGUGAGAGGCUUUUGCUCCAAAGGUGACGGCCACAAUGAAGCCGCCAAGGACUCUUCAGCAGACAAGAAGGCAGGCAUCCUGCCCAGCCUGGAGGACCUGCUCUUCUACACCAUCGCAGAGGGCCAGGAAAAAAUCCCUGCACACAAAUUCACCACAGCUCUUAAAGCCACGGGGCUUCGCACAGGAGACCCUCGGCUCAAAGAAUGUAUGGAAAUGCUGAAGGUGACUCUGAAGACGACCUCUGACGGCGCGCUGGACCGACACCUCUUCAAAAAAUGUGUCCAGAGCAACAUCGUCCUGCUCACCCAGGCCUUCAGGAAGAAGUUUGUCAUCCCAGACUUCCAGUCCUUCUGCACCCACAUCGACGACCUCUACGAAACCGCCAAAAACAUGUCGGGAGGGCAGGUGGCCGACUACAUCCCCCAGCUGGCCCGCUUCAGCCCAGACCUGUGGGGCGUCGCCCUGUGCACCGUGGAUGGCCAGAGGUACACUGCCGGUGACACCAAGGUCCCCUUCUGUCUGCAGUCUUGCGUCAAGCCGCUGAAAUACGCCAUCGCCGUUCACGACCACGGCACCGAGUACGUGCACCGCUUCAUCGGCAAAGAGCCCAGCGGUCUGCGAUUCAACAAGCUCUUCCUGAACGAGGACGAUAAGCCACACAACCCCAUGGUUAACGCCGGCGCUAUCGUCUGUACGUCCCUCAUUAAGCAAGGGGCGAGCAACGCGGAAAAGUUUGAUUACGUCAUGAACUUCAUGAACAAACUGGCGGGAAACGAGUACGUGGGCUUCAGCAAUGCCACGUUCCAGUCGGAGCGAGAGUCCGGAGACAGAAACUUUGCCAUCGGCUACUACCUGAAGGAGAAGAAGUGUUUUCCAGAGGGCACAGACAUGACCUCCAUCCUCGACUUCUACUUCCAGUUGUGCUCCAUCGAGGUGACCUGUGAGAGCGCCAGCGUGAUGGCGGCGACUCUGGCCAACGGCGGCUUCUGUCCGAUCACGGGCGAGCGCGUGCUGAGCCCGGAGGCGGUGCGAAACACUCUGAGCCUGAUGCAUUCCUGCGGCAUGUACGACUUCUCCGGGCAGUUCGCUUUCCACGUCGGUCUCCCAGCUAAAUCCGGCGUCGCUGGCGGGAUCCUGCUGGUCGUCCCAAACGUGAUGGGCAUCAUGUGCUGGUCUCCUCCGCUCGACAAGCUGGGCAACAGCGUCAGAGGCAUCCAGUUCUGCACGGACCUGGUUUCUCUGUGUAACUUUCACAACUACGACAACCUGAGACACUUUGCCAAGAAACUGGAUCCUCGCAGGGAGGGAGGAGACCAGAGGGUGAAGUCGGUGAUCAACCUGCUGUUUGCUGCUUACACCGGAGACGUCUCAGCCCUGAGGAGGUUUGCGCUGUCCUCCAUGGACAUGGAGCAGAGGGACUACGACUCCAGGACGGCCCUGCACGUGGCAGCUGCUGAAGGACACGCCGAGGUGGUCCGCUUCCUGCUGGAGGCCUGUAAGGUGAACCCAGUUCCCAGAGACAGGUGGGGAAACACACCGAUGGACGAGGCGGUCCACUUCGGCCACCACGACGUGGUGACCAUCCUCCGCGAUUACCACACCCAGUACAGCCCUCAGGAGGCCACCGCCGACAAGCAGAACGCAGAGAAGAACCUGGACGGGAUGCUGUGACGGGAAGCGGCCGAAGAACAGAAGCUGGGUGGUGGUGUGUUCAGGGACUGGACGCUCAGUUUGCACCUGAGCUAAGGAAACGAAGUUCAGUUGAGCAGGACACAGUGAAGACCGUGAAAUCAACCCUAAAAUGUACAGCAGAAAAAUAUUAGAGUUCCCUUAAACGCAGCGCAGCCACCGUCCCUCCAGUGUAAAAGCUCCUCAUCGUGCUGUUAGAUGUUGUCGGUUUUUCUGUGUACUUUCUCCACUUCUCCUCCUGUAUUUGUCACCCGUUUUGUAGCUUUGUAGGUGGCCACCAGCCGCCAGGUGAAUGCUGGGUAAUUUCAGCUGCGGCUCAUAAGUAAGUGGACUCUUUACUUUAAAAGGUUUUUUUAUUCUGAAAAGCAGUGACAACAGGAAGGUGUCAUUUGGCGUUGAGCAGGUGUUACACAUCUUCCUCAUCCUCACAUGGUGGAAUGUAUCUUCCCCCCAGACACUUUGGUGUGUGUGUGUGUGAUGUUUAUUUAACAUAAGGUGUUCAGUGACAUAGUGUGUGUGUGUGUGUGUGUGUGUGUUCAUACUGUAAAUGCGUACAGGUGUACUGUACAGGUGUAGUCAGUCAGCUCUCACUGAAACUGAGAGAUUCACAUGUUUGAUUAUGUAAACUUAAAUAUUCAGCCUCCAAAGGUGACUGUGGGUUUAAAGUAUUUUCUUUUGCU